GUCUGUGGUAACGUUAGUAGGUUAAACUGAGGAUCGUAUUUUUGUUCCUGUGUCAACGAAAAUAAGAAAAGAUCCGGAGCCAGUGAGACCCGGCUAAGUUUUCCUCAAAGAUAUUUUUCAAACAUUACGGAAAAGUCUCCACAUAUCUGACACCAGCCAGACAUCGACCACUUUAGCAGAACUCCUUUUGAAGAUGAACUCCAAUGUGGAGAAUUUGCCGCCUCAUGUUCUUCGCUUGGUCUACAAAGAGGUUUCAGCUUUAGCAGCAGACCCGCCUGAGGGUAUCAAGAUUUAUCCCAGUGAGGAAGACAUAACUGAACUGCAUACAGCCAUUGAAGGACCAGAGGGAACUCCAUUUGCUGGUGGCGUUUUCCGAAUGCGUCUGGUCCUCGGGAAGGACUUCCCUGCUGUUCCACCCAAGGGGUAUUUCCUGACCAAGAUUUUUCACCCCAACGUGGGUCACAAGGGAGAGAUCUGUGUCAACGUGCUGAAGAGGGACUGGAAAGCAGAACUCGGCCUCCGACAUGUCUUACUUACGAUCAAGUGUCUUCUCAUCCAUCCGAACCCAGAGUCGGCUCUGAACGAAGAGGCUGGGCGUUUGCUGUUAGAGGACUAUGCAGAAUAUGAGUCCCGAGCUCGUCUGCUCACAGAGAUCCAUGCGAUGGGCGGGCCCGGCGGUACCUCUGGGGCACCUCAGGACCCUAAUGACGGCCCACAGCCAAAGAAGCACGCGGGUGACCCCAUGAAGAGAGCGGGACCCAGUGCAGCAGCUGUGCCAGCAGCUCUGGGUAAUGGAGCUAAUGGAGCCAGUACCACCACCAGCAAUAGCAACAGUAAUGGUAACACCAAUAAUGUAGCAGGGAAAAAGAAAGCAGAUAAAAAGCGCGCAUUGAGGCGACUUUAAUACCUCAGCGAAAUUCUCAGUGUGUGAGCUUGUAUGUGUGUGAGCGCGAGUGUGUGUAAAUAUAAAUAUUGAAGUGUGCUAUGUUUUGUUCCCUUAUUUUCUGACUCUUUCUACCACCUAGCCAGACUGUCCACUUUGUACUUACACCUUCUGUUUUGCCAUCAGUUUGUCCUGUUGGUAUUACAGGUUUGUUAAUUAUUUCCAUACCUAAAGACAUGAUGACGAAUAUUUUGUCCUCUUUAAAAAGGAAAGAUGAAAGAUUUCACCUCCACUGCGGAAAUUAUGUCAUCAGUUGUAUUUUGCUCUUGGCCUAGUGUGAAUGAAUGAUAAAGGGAAUGAGUUUCACUGUGCAAAAUGUGGCCUCUAAUGUCCAUUAAUACGACAACCACUAUUGUUUAAACUUGAUAUCAGCCCUUUUUUGUAAAGUGUUUCUUGGACAAUGCUGUGAUGGUACUGUGUACUGCUCAGCCAGACUCAACCCUUGAGUCUAAACCAGGAUGUAACUUUAAAAAAACAGGUUUUCAAAUUGAGCUCAAAGCAAAUAAUGGUAGAAGUUUCUAAACAGUUAUGCAAGAAGUUGGUGGGUUCACUAUUGGGAGAGAAAUGUUAAUGUCACACAGUCUUUUUAAAUUGUAUUUUUCACAUUGUGAUCUGAAUGAAGUAAAGGUAUGGAAAGAGUUAGCAGUGGAGUAUAAGUCUGUUAUGUUCUUAAUGGAAUCUCAACCCCCUUUUUUAAGUUUAUUUUUUAUUUUUCUAAAAUUGUUUCACUGUCCAGUAUUUUCAAAAGUUGUUUAUAAUUGACAUGUUCAUAUUCAGCUGUCUUGUGGUUGUGUGUGAAGACCUAGAUCAGUGGCUUUAGGGGAACAGGGUAGGUUGCCAGACUACUUUUUUAUAUUAAAAAACAAAAACAAAAAAAGAAUCAUCUAUUCUCUGUACUGAGCAUACAGUGGUGUGACUCGUUUAAACUGCUCCUGAUUCCCUACAAAGCAGUUAUGUGCUCUCAAAUUCCCAGCUCUCCUACCGGCCAUGUGGGUACCUGAGCAGACAUCUGUAGGAGAACUUUCCACGUUUGAUAAUUCGUCUCCUGACCUGUUGCACUGGUGGGGUUUCCUGGGCAGGUUUUCUCUCUGUUCAAAAUGCAUGCGGGGUUCUACAUUUCCCAAGGAAACACACUGAAGCGCUGUGUUAAUUUGGAUGGAAAAGAUGCCUGUGAAACCCCUGCUAUUGUGCAGACUGUUGGCUGGAUAUUUUGUGUCCAUUUUAAAUUAUUUAAAUUAAUAAAACAUUGAAAUAGGA